CCUGUACACAGGUGAUCUGAAUCCACUGCAAUCAGAGGGAUUUUGAAAUCCAGCCCAAAAUGCUUCAGACAGCAUGUUCCACACAAAGACACUGCUACAAACCAAAAUUAACAGUUAACCUGACAGUCCUCAUGCCUCUGUGUGAGCCCGGACAAAGUGCAGAAUACUGUCACCGGGACAUACAGCGGCUCUCGUGCAGCGGUGUGGAGGAUACAGACUGUUCCUGUAGGGUUUUUAAGAACAUGUCUUUUUGGAUGCUUUAAAGCAGUUGAGAUGGCUUCACUGGAGCUGUACAGCAAGGGAGCGAGUGUGUGGAUCCCUGACCCAGAUGCAGUUUGGGCGUCAGCACUUCUCCUCCAGGACUACAGUCCUGGAAAGAAACAGCUACUGCUGCAGCUCGCUAAUGGAAAGGAGGUCCAGUACCCAGUGGGGUCCCCCUCUGACCUCCCACCGCUGGGGAACCCCGACAUCCUGGAGGGGGAGAAUGAUCUAACAGCCCUCAGCUUCCUCCAUGAACCCGCUGUAUUGCACAACCUGCGGGUUCGAUUCCUGGACUACAACAGCAUCUACACAUACUGUGGUAUUGUGUUAGUGGCCAUCAAUCCCUACGACCAGCUGCCCAUAUAUGGAGAGGAGGUGAUCGAUGCGUACAGCGGUCAGGACAUGGCCGACAUGGAACCUCACAUCUUCUCUGUGGCCGAGGAAGCCUACCGCACCAUGACCAGGGAGGAGAAAAACCAGUCGAUCAUCAUCAGUGGAGAGUCUGGCUCAGGAAAAACGGUCUCAGCCAAAUUCACCAUGAGAUACUUCGCUGUGGUUGGAGGAGCAGCACAGCAGACCAGCGUGGAGGAGAGGGUCCUGGCCUCCAACCCGAUAAUGGAGUCUAUCGGGAACGCUAAAACCACUCGAAACGACAACAGUAGUCGUUUUGGGAAGUACAUCGAGAUUGGCUUCGGCAGGAAAGGGGACAUCAUCGGGGCAAACAUGAGGACGUAUCUCCUGGAGAAGUCGAGGGUCGUCUUCCAAGCAUCCGCAGAGAGGAACUACCAUAUCUUCUACCAGCUGUGUGCCUCCAGAGAGUUGCCAGAAAUGAGAUCCUUUAAACUGGAUGCACCUGAGCAUUUCCGCUAUACCAACCAGGGAGGAGACAUGCAGAUCCCUGGUACUGAUGAUCUGUCUGACCUGGAGCGCACUCGCAAUGCUUUCACCGUUCUGGGUGUGCAACCUGACCAGCAGAUGGAGCUCUUCAGGAUCCUGGCAGCUGUUCUGCACCUUGGAAAUGUCAACAUCCAAAUCAGUGGGAGAAGUUCUGACAAAGGUUACAUUGAUCCAGGCGACCGCUCUCUGGCUGUCUUCUCCAAGCUGUUAGGAGUGGAGGGACCUCAGAUGGCCCACUGGUUGUGUCAUCGCAGACUGGCUGUAGGGGGAGAGAUGCUGAUCAAACCCAUGUCCGGUCAGCAGGCUGUAGGAGCCAGGGACGCGCUGGCCAAACACAUCUACGGCCAGCUGUUCACGUGGACCGUCCAGAGGCUCAACUCUGCUCUGCGCAGCCAGAGAGGGAAGGCCAGAUCAUUUAUAGGGGUGCUCGACAUCUAUGGGUUCGAAACCUUCGACCGGAACAGCUUUGAGCAGUUCUGUAUAAAUUAUGCGAAUGAAAAACUGCAGCAACAGUUCAACAGGCACGUGUUCCACUUGGAGCAGGAGGAGUACGUCCGGGAGGAGCUGGUCUGGAACAGGAUUGAGUUCAGUGACAAUCAGCAGUGCAUCAAUCUCAUAGAGGCACAACUGGGCCUGUUUGAUCUGUUAGAUGAGGAGUGCAGGAUGCCCAAAGGUUCAGAUGAGAGCUGGGUGCGGAAGCUGUACGACCAACACCUGACCGGCAAGCCCCACCCUCACUUCCGCAAACCUCGCAUGUCCAACAGCGCCUUCAUCGUGCUGCACUUUGCUGACACGGUGCAGUACGAGUGUGACGGCUUUUUAGACAAGAACAGAGACACAGUCUUCGAGGAGCUCAUUAACAUUCUCAAAGCAAGUCAGUCUGAGCUGGUGGCUGAGUUGUUCCAGCAGCAGGGAAACGUGUCCUCUGUGGCUAACGGAAGUGUUCGCUCAGGAAAAAGAGCCACCAGAGAACACAAACUGACUGUGGGCUUCCAGUUCCGUCAGUCCUUACAGAUGCUGAUGGACACUCUCAACAGCACCACUCCUCACUACGUCCGCUGUAUCAAACCCAACGACCUCAAAGAACCCUUUUUGUUUGAUCCCAGGAGGACAGUCCAGCAGCUGAGAGCCUGUGGGGUGCUGGAAACGAUUCGCAUCAGUGCUGCAGGUUUUCCAUCAAGAUGGACGUACGAGGAGUUCUUCAGCAGGUACCGCCUUCUGCUCCGAGGCCCUCAGAGCCUGGAUCAGGCCCAGGCCUCCUGCAGACAGGCUCUGCCUGAGCUCAUCCCAGACCCGGACCAGUUCUGCUUCGGAAAGACCAAAGUAUUCUUCCGUGCUGGUCAGGUGGCCUUUCUGGAGAGGCUUAGAUCUGAGAAGCUGCGUGUUGCUGCCAUGAUCAUCCAGAGCCGCGUCAGAGGAUGGCUGGCCCGGACCAGAUACACCAGGAUCUGCUGGGCGACGGUCACCAUACAGAGAUACUGCAGGGGAGCUCUGGCCAGACGGCUGGCUCUGACCCUGCGCUACUCCAAGGCUGCUUUGGUGAUCCAGAAGACCUACCGCAUGAUUGUGGUCAGACAGCUGUUCCUCAUGAUCCGACAGGCCACCAUCACCAUCCAGGCCUUCACCAGGGGCACACUGGAGCGCCGCAGAUACAGACUGUUGGUCGCAGAGCGUGCUGCCGUGCUGCUCCAGGCGAGAGUGCGUGGGUGGCUGGCGAGGCGGGCGUACAGGCGGGUGCGUGCGGCGGUGGUGUUCAUGCAGUGCUGUGCGCGCCGCAGGGCUGCCAGGAGAGAGCUGCUGAAACUAAAGACCGAGGCCCGCUCUGUGGAGAAGUACAGAGAGCUCAACAAGGGCAUGGAAGUCAAACUGAUGCAGCUGCAGCUCAGAGCAGACCAGGGGGCCAGGGAGGGCGCAGCUUUGAGGGGGACCCUGCAGGCAGAGCGAGAGGCCGCCAGCGCCGAGCUGCAGGCUUUGAAGGCAGUGAUACAGAAACUAGAGAGCCAGAAACACGAGAAGCCUCAGCCCUGCACUGUCAUCAGCGAGAAGGAGGUGGAGGAAAGGAGGAGAGCCGAGGAGAAGGCUGCGCAGGAGAUCCUUCAACUCAAACAAGAGUUGCAAGUCCUGCAGAGAGAAAAAGACAGUUUUCAUAAAGAGAAAGAAGAACUCUCUGCUCGCUUGCUUGAAGGAGAAAAAGCACAAGAAGAGUGUGUGACUCAGGCUGUGUCUCAGGCGAGUGCAGCUCUGAGUGCAGAGCUGGAUGAAGAGAGAAGAAAGUAUCAGGGUCUCCUGAGAGAGUUUACCAGACUGGAGCAGAGAUACGACAACCUGCGGGAGAUGAGUCUGCUCACUGAGCACGCCAAGGGCCACAGAAGAACUGACUCCACCCGGAGUUUGAACUUUGAGCCUCCCUCGCCCACUCUGAUGACACCCCAGUCCCUCACCCCUCUCUCCUUGUCACCCUUCCCAUCUGCCUUCCCUUCCCCAGAGGAGGUCCGCAGGGUCAGUGUGACGUCACCAGUGGACGGGAGAGUCUCAGUGUGGAGCUCUGAAACACCAAUGGACCAGCUGAUGGAGAAGAUGGAGGUGGCCAAAGACCCGGCAGUGAAGAUGAAGGGAGAGGACCUGGCCCAUGCUUACGAUGCUGUCCGAGUGGCCAACAAGUUUCUGGAGAGCCAGCUGCGUCGCCAGCAAAGUCAGAAGGAGGAGGAGAUGGAGGCUCUGAGGAAGCAGCUUAGUCAAGCCAUCUCUGGUUCUUCCUCUGCUGCACAGCAACAGGACUUGCAGGAGCUACUGGAGGCCAGAGAGCAGGAGUGUGUUCGACUGAGGAGAGAGCUGAAGGAGCUUAAAAACACAGUGUCACUCAGACGACUGCUGACACAAGUUCUCCCAUCAGCUCUCAGCGCAGAGACGACCCCCUGUCCGUCCCGACGGAAGCCAGCAAUGGUCACUGGUUUGUUUGAAUGUAGGAAGAGAGAUGAGAACAAGCUAAUCAAAAACCUCAUCACAGACAUCCGGGUUGACAGCGCCCUGUCUCUGCCUCCUGGUCUGCCCGCCAGCGUGUUCUUCCUGUGUGUUCGUCAGGCCGACUGCAGCGGAGACCAAACUCACGCCCGCUCGCUCUGUAGUGCUGCUGUCACGGCUCUGAAGGCGGCUCUGAAGAAACACAGUAACGAUGUCCAUAUGACGGCUCUGUGGCUGAAAAACGCCUGUGUGUUGCAUGACCUGUUGACCCAGCACUCCCCAAAACAGACCAUCGACUCAGACGAACUGGUUCCACUGACCACUGAUGUGAGUGACUUGAUCCGCGCCCUGAGUGACCUCUGCAUCCAGGCCUAUCAGCAGCUCCUCUCCAUCACUGAAAAUCGGCUACAAAACAUCAUAGUUCCUGCUCUGUUGGAGAGCGAGAUCAUCCCAGGCCUGUCCGGCUCUGCGGUGAAGUUGGUAACAUCCAGAAAGAGAGCGGGCUCAGACCCCAGGGCUGUGGGAGGAGAUGCUCCCACCAUGGCGUCGGUGCUGAGGGAGCUGGGAGCCCUUCACACGGCUCUGUCCCGUCAGGAUCUGCCCCCGACACAGAUGGAGCAGGCCUUCCACCAGCUCACCUACCUCAUCUCUGCCUCCGCUCUCAACAGCCUGCUGCUGAGGAAAGACAUGUGCUGCUGGAGUCGUGGCAUGCAGAUACGCUAUAAUGUGAGUCUGCUGGAGGAGUGGCUGCGGAGCCGAGGUCUGCAGGCAGGGGGCGCUGUGGCCACGCUGGAGCCUCUCAUCCAGGCGGUUCAGCUGCUGCAGGCCGGCAAGAAGACUGAGGGGGACGCGCAGGCCCUCGUUCAGACCUGCACGGCCCUGUCCGGCCAGCAGAUCGUGAAGAUUCUGACCCUCUACACGCCUCACAGUGACCUCGAUGAGCGAGUCACAGUGAAUUUCAUCCGUACUGUCCAGGGGCUUCUCAAAGGCCGUUCAGACGGUCAUCCUCAACAUCUCCUAAUGGAUGUGAGACGAGUGUUUCCUGUCACAUUUCCCUACUCGCCUCCCACCGUCCUCCAUGCCGAGCAGUUAGUCAUCCCAGACUCCCUCAAGAUCUCCUUUCUACGCAGAGUCUGAAAAACAGGAUGCCAGACCUCUUCAGUGGGGCCGCUUCGGAUCCGAUACCCCAACACGCAAACUGAGCCUCUGCAGGAGGAGGAGUUCCCUCGACUAGAGUAUCAUUGUCAACAGCAAUAAAUAAAGAUUUUUUUUUUCGUGGCAUUUUCAGCUAUGUGACAGUUUGUGUACAUGUUAUUUAAAGUUAUUAAAAGACUGUGCAGAUGUCCCCUCGGGUAAAAGACCAUGUACACACCAGAGAGUGACACAACAUGUGUGGAUGGGUAGUUGUUCUGCUGUGUUUCAAUUUGGCUCUGAAUCAAGCCCAUUAAAUGAUCGAUGUUCUUUAUCUCCAGUGUGUACGCGGCCCCUCCCCCCCUUAUAUCUUUCGAUAGUAGCUACAUAUCCAAAUAGGGCAUCCGAGCACACACACAUAAUUCCCAUCUGCCCAGUCACCCAGAGCAAAAUUCAAGUCUACAAAAGGGCAGCAAACUUCACUUCACAUAGUCUGACAUGUGUUUGUUACAUCCGAGCUAUUUACAGUGCCAAUCAGCGACAAUUGAUCUCCCUGUUCCAGAUUAUGUUCCUCUGCACUGAGAAGCUGUACAAACAAACUCCAGCCUCUAAUCAGCUCUACGACAGCUGUGAUAUUUGGCCCAUUACAAUAGACGGCAUUUACAACAUAUCAGACAAACACUUGUGCUGAUAUAAUAAGAAUAAUAAUCCACAAUGUAAACAUUAUAAGACUGCUUUGAAAAAGAUGACUCCCUCUACAUAGAUCUUUAUAGAUUAGAUGCAUAGAGUUCAGUUCUUACACCUUGUUCAAAAGAGGGGGUUUGUUUUAAUCAUAUUCUUUUGUGAUCAGGUGCUUCGGGGGUAGAUGCCCUCAUCAGUUCCCGCUUUUAAAAAGAAAAGAGAGAAAACACCCUGUUUUUAUUAAACUUGGACCCUUUUCCUUGAGUCUGAGGACUACAUCCAUUUCCGCUGGAUGCUUUUGGAAGAAAACAUACACAACCGUUAUAGAUAAAUAAGUCUUUUCAUGAAAAUAGAAUUAAGAGACAUGCUCAAAGUCAAAACAUUUUGUUUUUACAUAAUCAAAUAAACACAUUUAACUGGAGGUUGAUCUGUAAUUACUGUCAUUCCAUAAACAAUUACUGAAAGACAAAGGAAAGAUCAUAGAAUAAAUGUGUUAUUACGGGUGCAUUAAAGACCCCUGUGCUUCUAAAUCUCUACUAAACAGUAGGCCCUCUUUUAAAUGUCAGCUCCAGACCUGGUGUGGGUCUGGAUCUGCAGCCCUUUAGCAGAGGUCUGACUUCUCGAGCUUGUCUGUAGUUCUGAUCAUCAGGGAUCACGGGUGGUAGAUCAGUAGCGAUUUGUGCUCUCCCUGGGGUGCAGGGUGUGAGAUGUUGUAGGAGCAAAAGUCACGCCUCUUCCGGUGGACCCCACAGUUGACCUUAUUUCAGAAACAAUAUGUAGUCGGUAGUGAAUGGAGAGAGACAAAUAACGUUUUUUUUGUUUGUUUUUUUUGUUGUUUUUUUAUCAACUGGGAAUGCCAAUCUUUUAAACUAACCAACAUUACAUGUGUAGUUCAUGGCAGAGUUCAAAAUUGAUAAAAAAUAUUAUCUGUCUCUCUCCAUUCACUGCUGUAUAUGAUUUUUUUUCCGGAUUACGGUCCCACACGGGAAACUGGCAGGGGAGUGACUUUGGCUUUUUUAAUAUCUCCUUGCAUUCAGGUUUUGAUUUGGCAAUUUGUAUUUCUUAACUGUGGAAUGUUUACAGUAACAAAAGAAAAACUACAAGAGGCAUCCUCCACUAAAUAAAAGACGCUUAGAAAAUCGUAUCUGAA